AUACAAGUCACCUAUCUUUCGUAAGCACUAAACCUGUGUUUUACAAAAUUGUAAUGCGAAACUAAAUGAAAGUUUUUGUGUUACAUGUGUAGUUAAUUAAUUAAAUCGAUGCGGAAGAAUCAGAGAUUUAUUAUAUAAUUUUACGGACAUAUACGGAGUUAAGGGAAAAUGAAACUGUGGCUAGUGAUCAUUCACAUAGUGUUAGUUGCUGCAAAUAUAUGGGUCACAGCACAUUUCCAUGAAGAGCUUCCAGAAGAUAAUGAAUUUGCAGAGUUUGAAGAUUUUGAAGAAGAUAGACCAAAUUCGGCAGUUCCUUCUGAUCAUAUAACAGAACAUCAUAAAGAAGCAGAUUUAAAUGAAGAUUUCGAAGAAGAUGAUGUUCUUAUUGUAGAUGGAGAUAAUGAAUUUGAUCACUUUCAAGAUGAAGAAGAAUUUGAGGGAUUAGAUGUGACUGGUGGAAAUGCAGGUUCUAAAAGUGAUGAACCGUCCACACUUACAAUUACUAAAGUACCUCUGCAUUUGCGUGCAAGAUGGGAUAGUUUCUGUUUGGAAAUAUUGAUGGUAGCUGGACUUUUAGUAUAUUGCAUAAAUUAUAUUGCAGGACGUGCUAAAAAUGCACGUAUAGCAGAAUCUUGGUUGCAAGAACACAGACAACUCUUGUUAGAAAAUUUUACUCUUGUAGGUGAUACAGGGAAAUUGGUAGAAAAUGUGUCUGAAAAUGGUUUGGUUAAGGAAAGCGAGUCGCAAUAUACCUUAUAUUGUUCGGGUCGAGUUGGCUGUGAUUCAAUGUUGAUAGAACUCAAAUUAAUUAAAAGACAAGACUUAAUUGCAGUAUUAGCUCAAUUAGUACGCCCACAAAAUGAUCAAGCACAUAUAAGAGUAGAUCUUGCCAAAGAUGAAGUUGAUAAUUUUGUAUUAGCAAUUGCCACAAAACGAACUGCAAUGCAUUUAGCAAGAGAUAUGGCUGACAUUAGUGUUUAUUGUCCUGAUAAACGACCUGGAGAAAAAUAUGGCCUUCCAGCAGGCUUUUAUGUUAUGCCAGAAAUUGCUGAAACAGCUUCUGUUAUUUUAGAUACUAGAGUUCUACAAGCUUUUGCCAAAUUUGCACCAUAUAUAGAUUAUAUACACAUUAGUGAUCAAUAUAGCGGACUUAAACAACAAACAGAAAAUACUCAAUUAACAAUGCCUGAAGUAAAAAAAGUAUUAUUAGUUGGACUAAAUAUAAGUAUAAAAGGACGUACUGCUAGUCCAGAAUGUCAAGAGAAACUAAAACUUCUUCUUCAACUUACAUUUUACAUAUUGGAUAAAUUACGACGUUUCAAGCUAUCUAAAGAGGGUAAGAAUAAAGCGGAUAAAAAUCGCCUUAGAGUAGAGGAAGCCUUUUUAAAAACAACGCACGCGGCACGAGCCGAAGCUGCAGCACAGAAACGAGAAGAACGUAGGAGAGCUGAAAAAGAAAGAAUUCUCCAAAAAGAAGAUCCUGAUAAGCAAAGAAAGUGGGAAGAAAAAGAGCAACGUAGAUUAGCAAAGAAACGUGCACCAAGAAUGAAACAACUUAAAGUAAAAGCUUUGUGACCCAAUGCAGAUGUCACUGUUGAAUGUGACGAAAGUUCUAGACAGCCGUGAGUAAAUUAUUAAAAUGAUUUGCUUAAUUAGCAUUGUGUUUAAAAACUUUAUAACAGCAUCUCCCUUCAUAUUAGACAUUCAUAUGAUUCAAAGUUAUUAUUUUAAUUUUGUCAAAAAUUCAUAAAGAAAUACUAAUUUUUCUUUUUAUGUUAUUUAUAUGUAUCAAACAUCUUUUAUCUUGUUUGCAAUAAAAAGUAAUUUUGAGCUACUUGUUUUUAAAACAAUCUAAAGUAUGAUAUAUUAUCAGUAAUAUCUUGUCUCGAUAACACCUUAGAAAUAUUCUGAAUAUAACUAAUAUGUGAAGUACAAUAUUAACGAUACAGGCAAUAUAAAUAUACCUACAUGAUUUUUUAGCUAUGAAAGGCCAGAAAGAAACAAAUUCAUGUUUAUAUUUGUCAAUUAAUAGAAGUAUAACAUCAACUUAUAUAGUCAUUCGUAUAUUAUAUUCUAUUCUUCAUAUAUACAAUAUAGAUUGCAUUUCUAUUUAUUUUGUAGAUAUCAAAAAUUAAAGCCAACCAACUUUAAUAUGAUAAAUAUAGUUUCAUUAAACAAAUUAUGUACAAUGAUUCCAUGCUGAAAUCAGUGUUAAAAAAAUUAAUAUAUACAAAUUUUAAUACAAUUCUGUAUUGAAAUUCUAUGCUUUGAAUAUGCAUAUUGUUCCCAAAAUAUGCUUUAUUUAAUACAGCCAAGUUUUUACUAUAAGGCUGAAUUUUUAUUAUAACUAAAAGACUGUUUUCAUUGAGCCAUUUUUAGGAAAUCAUUUCAUUAAUUCAAAAUAAAAGCAUAUAUUAUUAAUAGAAUAAAAGGUGCAUGAAAGAGGUGUAUGCGUUUUGCCUGAAAAACAAGUACUCUUAAAUACAGAAAAUAUGUAACUUUUUCUACCAUCGUGUUAUAUCAUGUUCUAAUAUACAACUUAAAAAAAUUAA